AUGGCUUCCAUGAUUAAUGGGCCUAAAGAAGAUGAAGCUAGACCAAUAGUGGUGGAACAGAAAAAAGAGCUAGCUUAUUGCAUGUCAAUAGAAGAGGAUGAGGAAAAGAAUGGAGUAGGCGAAUGGUAUUCUGACAUCCUACAGUAUGUCAAGGAUGGAACAUACCCAAUGUCUACAGAUAAGAAUGACCAAUUGACCAUCAAAAGGCUAUCUACUAACUAUAUUAUCUAUGGGGAGAGGCUUUACAGAAGAUCAUAUGAUGGAACUCAUCUCCUUAGUGUGACUGCUAAGGAAGCACAAUAG